AUGGAAUUUCACAUUAGUGGCGGAGUUAAAAAGCAACCGGCGGCGGGUCGGAGCGCCGCGGGCUCGACGCCCGAGUGCAAGCAGUCGCAGCGCAACGCGGCCAACGCGCGCGAGCGAGCCCGCAUGCGCGUGCUGAGCAAAGCCUUCUCGCGCCUGAAAACCAGCCUGCCUUGGGUGCCUCCGGACACCAAGCUCUCCAAGCUGGAUACGUUGCGCCUGGCCUCCAGCUACAUCGCCCACCUGCGGCAGUUGCUGCAAGAAGACUGCUAUGAGAAGGGCUACGUGCAUCCUGUCAACCUGACUUGGCCGUUUGUGGUUUCAGGAAGACCAGAAUCCGACACCAAAGAUGUCCCAACAGUCAGCAGAUUAUGUGGAACUACAGCUUAAAAUAAAGACUGCUCUUGCUGGAUGUGCUUA